UUGUGCCCUGCUGGAGGAUACUGUCCAGCUGGAUCUGCAAUCGGAAUUCCUUGUCCUUUCGGAAAAUACAGUAAAUCACCUGGUGCUAAGACCGAAUUCGACUGCAUUCCCUGUGAUCCUGGAUUCUUCUGUUCAGGAUCUAGUAGAGAUUGUUCAGCAAGGUAUAUCUGCUUGGGAGGAUCAUCAACACCUACACCAACUGAUGGCAUAACAGGUAGUCUCUGUCCAGAAGGUCAAUACUGUCCAAAAGGAACUCCAGCGCCUAUACCAUGUCCUCUUGGGACAUGGUCUAAUAGCACUGGAUUAGGUAUUGCUGGGGAGUGCCAACAAUGUACUGGUGGUUACUAUUGUGCUAGCACUGGUCUCAAAGAACCAACUGGUACUUGUGAUGCAAGAUUCUAUUGUAGUCAAGGAGCAGUGGUAUCAAAUCCAAGUGAUGGUGUGACUGGAAACAGUUGUACCAUCGGCAACUAUUGUCCUAUUGGGACUGCUGUACCCAUACCAUGUGCUGAUGGUACUUAUAUGCCAAAUACUGGUGCUGAUGAAUGCUUUAACUGUACACCUGGACAUUAUUGUGUUUCACAAACUACACCUGAAGACUGUCCACCUGGAUAUUAUUGUCCAGAAGGAACUGGUGAGUGUUUCUUGUUAUCCUUCUUCAAUCUUAGUUUAUUGGUUAAAAAUUUUUUUCUUAACUUCCUUCGUAUGAUUUAA